ACAGGAUUGGGGAUGGAGGAUGUUUGUGAAGGGAACGCCACCGAUACAGCUCUGUUUUUCUUCCCAUAAUAGCCGCAACGGGGGCGUUUCAUGAACCCCAUCUUACCCUUCCGGGAAUCAGAAGAAUUACCGAGGGCGGACUCAAAUCUCUUCCCUAUAUAUCCCCACGCACGCGACCAACUUCGGGAACCACCCAUCCCAUCCCAUCCUUUCCGCCUCCGUGAGAAUGGCGGCCGGGGAAGUGGAAAUCGCGCCCUUCUCUCUCUCGCACGCGCACGCAGGCACGCACCGUGGGACGGGGUUCGGUGCCCGUCUGAUGCGGGAGUUCCUCAGGGAGGCCGGUGGAUGCGCCGUCAUCGACGGCGGGCUGGCCACGGAGCUCGAAGCACAUGGAGCCGACCUAAAGGACCCCCUGUGGAGCGCCAAGUACCUCUUCACCUCCCCCGACCUCAUCAAGAAGGUCCAUUUAGACUAUCUUGAAGCUGGUGCAAACAUCUUGAUCACCGCAUCCUAUCAGGCUACCAUACAAGGUUUCGAGUCUAGAGGCUUCUCUACGGAGGAAAGUGAGGCCUUGUUGCGGAGAAGCGUCGAGCUUGCAUGCGAAGCACGAGAGAUAUUUCAGGGGCGACGCCUUAGAGCCUCCGAUAGAUGCAGCAAGGACGGCAUCAGUUCUAAGCAACACCCUGUUCUGAUUGCAGCAUCGAUAGGAAGCUAUGGAGCAUAUUUGGCAGAUGGCUCUGAGUAUAGUGGUAAUUAUGGCCUCGAAGUGACUCUGGAGACGCUCAAAGAUUUCCACAGGAGAAGACUUCAGGUUCUCUCUGAAGCUGGAGCAGAUAUAAUUGCUUUUGAGACAAUUCCAUGUAAAAUUGAAGCACAGGCAUAUAUUGAGCUACUUCAAGAGUGUAAUAUAAAAAUUCCAGUCUGGUUUUCUUUCACCUCAAAUGAUGGGAUCAACAUUGUCAGUGGAGACUCUUUGAUGGAUUGUGCUUCGAUAGCUGAUUCCUGUGACAAUGUUGUUGCAAUUGGAUUCAACUGUACUUCUCCCAGAUAUAUUCACAGUUUAAUUCUAUCUAUCAGGAAGUUGACAGAAAAGCUAAUCGUGAUCUAUCCAAACAGUGGUGAAAGCUAUGAUCCUGACAAAAAGGAGUGGGUGGCAUCCAAUGGUGUUUCUGGUGAAGAUUUUGUUUCAUAUGUUAGCAAGUGGCAUGAGGCUGGAGCUUCUCUUAUAGGAGGUUGCUGUAGAACAACCCCAGACACCAUUAGGGCAAUCGCCAAAGCUCUGCGCAAGGACUUUUAUCUGCUGCAUAAUGACACUGAAAGAAAUAUACUCAAAGACAGCUUCUUGAUCGACUCUGCAUAA